AUGGAAGAAGCCAAGACCCAGAUAUUGAAACUAACCGCCCAGUUCAACAGCGAAACACUCAAGGAGACUCUAAACAAAAUCAAACAGGAGCUGAGAGAUGCGGAAAUUGCACACAAAACAAAGAUGGAGGCAAUUGAGGACUCGAUAAACCAGGUGAAGAGAAAGAACAAACAGGUGGAGUCUGAAGUGGAGAGGCUGCAGAUGCUUCAGGACAAGAACGCAGCAUCCUUUACCAAGAAAAACAACGAGAGAAUAAAGCUUUCCAGAAGAAUUAUUGAACUUGAGCAGGAGAAUGAGGAGAUAGAAGCAAGAUUGAACGAGCUGAUUGAGAAGAAUACACAUUUGGAAGAGGAGAUAAAAGUUCUGAGCUAUCCUACAGUUGAGGAGCUUUAUUACGAGAUAGUCAAGGGAUUUGGGGUUGAUUUUGUUAAAAAGGAAGGCGCAGUAUAUGCUAAAGUAGUGAAUAAAAAUAGAAAUGAUGUAUUUACUGUGGAAUGCAGUGAAAAAUUCAAUCAGCAAGAAAUUUGCGAGAAAAUAUGGAAAUACAUUGAAUUUUAG